CACGUCAUUUUUAAAAUCCACAACGCAAAAUUUAGUUAUAUUCUUCGAUUUUUCAGGAAAUAAACGCUUGCAGAAGAAAGUUCUAGUUUUUGCAUAAUUUAUGCGGUCGCCAUUAUAAAAUGGUUUACAUAGAUCGCGAUGGUCGAGUUUUGGAGAAACGACCUUGGGACAUGGCCCGCAUAAUGGGCAUUUUCACAGGGAUAUGGCUUGUUGUUGUACAAUUCUUCCAAACACUCAUUGCGCCAUUUAACCAAGAGAACCGUGGUGGAAACCGUCGCAGUGAUGGUGGUGGAUGGGGAUCCGGUGGUGGUUAUGGCGGCGGAGGUGGUGGUGGUGGUAGUGGCGGUGGGGGAAAUGGUGGCCUUCGUCCCAACCGUCGUAUUGGCCGUGUAACUAAUUCAAUGGAUUGUAAUAUACCCGGAGGCGGAUGAGCACGGUAAAGUGUCCAGGCAUUUUGUACGAGUAAUGCUGCUUGGUAACAUCUCAAGCAUAUUUAAUCUCUUUUAAAUACAAUUGAUGUGUUUAUUUUAGUAUUAUACAGUGCAAUUCACGAUUAAUUGGCUAUUUUUAUCGGUUAUCACAUGAUAUCGAUGAAUCUCCAGUUCAACUUUUCACUGGAAUGAACUGCACUGAAUAGAACUAAAAUAAAACAUGGCAAAUAUUACUCGCCUGGACACAGCUGACCCCGUUAACCAAUCCCUAACAGCAUCAACAUCAUACAAAGUUUUUUUUUUUUUUUUUAAUAUGCUCACAAAUUCACUUUUCGGUACAAAGUUACCUUUAUGACGACCCACUUGUAAACUCAACCCAGAGGGAAGUGAGUCUGAUCUUUAACAAGAGUGAUUUUUGUGCAUAUAAACUUUGUGGGAUUGAAUUUUAGUAAAAUUUUUAUAAAUAUUGAAAUACAUAUAUUUUUGUGUAUUAUACUCAUUUAUUUUUGAUCAAAAUACAACGCAUCUUAUACAAACAAACUUA